UUAGUCUAUGAUUCAAAGAGACGCAUAACCUUUAUUCUAACGUAACUUUACGCUGGAAUAAGUUAUUUCACUCAAGUUUCCAUAGAAAGAGGAUAUAUAUAUUUAAAUACCGAAAAUGGACAUUCGUCCAAAUAAUACUAUUUAUAUUAACAAUUUAAAUGAAAAAAUCAAGAAGGAGGAGCUGAAGAAAUCAUUGUACGCUAUUUUUUCUCAAUUUGGUCAAAUUUUGGAUAUUGUGGCACUAAAAACACUGAAAAUGCGUGGACAGGCCUUUGUUAUUUUCAAAGAAAUAGCGAGUGCGACAAAUGCCUUGAGAUCUAUGCAAGGCUUUCCAUUUUACGACAAACCAAUGAGGAUACAGUAUGCUAAAACUGACAGCGAUAUAAUAGCAAAAAUGAAAGGUACCUUUGCGGAACGUCCAAAGAAACCGAAACGAGUCGUCCCAGCGGCGGAUGAAGAAGCCAAACGUGCUAAAAAACGCGCGAAAGAACAAGCAAAACAUUCACAGCAAGUUGGCUAUCAUGCCGGUGUGCCCCAACAUCCAGGACUCGUUAAUACCGCUGUUCCAGAGCAACCUCCAAAUCAGAUAUUAUUCUUAACAAAUCUACCAGAUGAAACUAGCGAAAUGAUGUUAUCGAUGUUGUUUAAUCAGUUUCCGGGCUUCAAAGAGGUGCGAUUGGUACCUAAUCGGCAUGAUAUUGCGUUUGUCGAAUUUGAAAACGAAGUUCAAUCGGGGGCAGCAAAAGAUGCUCUUCAAGGUUUCAAGAUUACACCUUCGCAUGCAAUGAAAAUAUCAUUUGCAAAGAAAUAGAUGGAGGUUUUCAAGGAUGAAAGUAUUUGCAAGAGAAAAUCAUGUUUAAUAUUAUUGUUUCUCAAAUUGUAAUUGUGAUUACAGCAAUAUGUAUCUUUUUCAUGUAAUUAAGGAAUGAAUAUCCGCUUAUGACAAUUGUAUUAAAAUUUUUUGUAAUUAGAAUUUUCGCACUCGGUGCAAAAACAUAUAAAAAUAACUUUGUUAAGCAAAUUAAGAACAUUAAGUUUUCAUGCUUCAUGACAUAUGUGUGCAGGA